UUCAUGUUCGUGCAAGGCCACUUUUUAGCAUUGUUUUUAAAAUAACAAAUUAAUUAGAAGUGCGAUAAUAAAAAUAAAUAUUUACCGAUUUAACAGGAGAAACGAGGGGCGUUAAUUACUCGCAGAUAAAUAAAACGGAGAGGAGAAACUUGAGAAUUUUGCCAAACAAACGAAUUUAAUAUAAUUACGCAGAAAGUGGUUUCUGAUAAGUACCCAGUCGGUUUAACGAGAUAAAAAUUAUUGGCGAAACACGUUCUUGGCCAGUUUGGUGUAGGAAAAAUGAAGUGAAUUAAGGAUGAAGUGGGAAACAGAAAAUAGUAACAAGCUCAAAGCGGUUUUUCCUCCAAAUGCGCCCAUGGAAUCUCAUUGUACCUUUUCUCAAACACCCGUAAUUUAUGAUAACUUAUUUUUUAUCGAUUUUAAUAAACGAGGAAAUUGCAUUCUUGGAGGAUCAGGAGUCGACGAGACCUUUUGGGAAGGAAGCCUUCUGUAUUUCGAGAAUUCCAAGCAAUUAUUGGAAAAUUUCAAUUACGCUGGAUAUUAUGUAUAUUCCACGAAUUCCGAUGGGAAGUUUGUUAACGAAAAUACAGUGGCUUUAGCUGAUGAUACAGGCCAUUUAAAUAUUGUUUCGAUCGAAGUAGAUACUUCGUUAAGAACAAUUAAUUACUUUAGAUUAUCAAAUAUAGUGUCUGAGUUAAGCGUGUGGGAUAAUUCUCCUAGAGUUUUGACAGCUGCUGAUAGGACAGUAUCAAUUUGGGAUUGUAAUUCGGCCGAUGGGAAACCUUUAGAAAAAUACGAAAGUUACCAUUUGGAUACUGUAACAUCUGUCGAUACUCUACGAAGCGAUACGAAUUUAUUCACUUCAGGUGGUAAUGAUAGAUUAGCUUGUAUAUGGGACAGGAGAAAUCCUUCAGUAGCUUCAGUUCUCUACGCCAACGAAUUCUCCUCGAUAACCAGUGUAGCUUGGAACCAAUACGAUGACAAUUACAUCAUAGCAGGCACCCAAGCCGGAGACAUUUACUUGCUAGACAGACGCGAACCCAAGGAAUUCGUAUCCAUAUUCUACUGUUUCUCGGCUCCCGUGAACAAAAUAUCAUUCAAAGACGCUAAAAAUUUCGCCGUGUGCGGCGAUACCAGAGAAAUUUUAGUCAUCAACUCGGAAGAAGAUAAUUUUAACGUAGUUUAUAAGAACGGAAAGCACAAAGGUCACGUUAAAGGCCUCGCCUGGCACGGAGGUGUGUUGUUUACCUGCGGAUUUGGACGAUCAGUAAUCAAACAUGAAUUAUGAAAUUUAUUUUUGUAAUAAACUUAUAUAACUAGUUUUUCUUUUUGUUUUUUACGUGCGACUCGCUUUUGGAUUUUCUUUUCUUCUCCGAAGCGGGUUUAUCCGGAUCCACUUCCAUGGAUUCGCCGAGAGGUUGAACGCUGAAUCCUUCGAUAUAGGGAGAAACCAAUUGCAGGACGAAUUUCUCGUGUUGAAUAUUGUUGGAAUCCAAACUUAGUCGCACUUUCACCGGAUCAAAGGCGUGUAAGGUUAUAUUUCCGGCCUUUUGACUUUGUUCCUAAAACGAAUCGAAGUGUUUACGAGAGCUACUUGAAUAUUCGAAUGCAUUUUACCUCUUCGUUGUAUUCGAAUAUAUUCGAACUCUCCCCUUUCUUGGCUAAAUAUAGCGUACAUUCUAAACCGUAUUUUGGAAUGAGAAUUUGCAGAGCGUUUUUUCUAAUAUGAAGCACGUAACCCUCCUCGUCUUGCAGUUUCC